AUGGAGCCAAGUUUGACAGACUUAGUGGGCUUCCCGAUGAAGUUCUGCACCAUGUACUCUCCUUCCUUGAUACCAAGUGUGUUGUUCAAAGUAGCAUUUUGUCAAACAGGUGGAGAUCACUCUGGAAAACGGUUCCCGUGCUCAAUUUCGAUGGUGAAUCCUUCAACGAGCACAACUUCAAGGACCAUGUGGACGAACUUCUAA